CUAUCACUAGCCGUACACCAGCCAGCAGCGGUGGCGGUCGCCCAGCCUGUAGCCGUGGCCCAACAUGUAGCCGUCGCACAACCGGUUGUACACGCAGCCCCAGCUAUUGCCGUCGCCAAGCCUGCAGCCACCAGCUACGCUUCCUUCCAACAGGUCAUCAACCCGUCAGUGGCAAUAGCCCAGCCGGUAGUCCACGCGGCUCCCGCCGUGGUCUCGCAACCGGUUGUCCACGCGGCACCGGCAGUUGCCGUAGCGCAACCAGUUGUCCACGCGGCGCCCGCCUUCGCCGCGCAACCUAUCGUGCACGCGGCGCCCGCCUACGCCGCCCAAUCCUUCGUCCACGCUGCUCCAGCUAUCGCCCAGCCCGUCAUCUCCAAGUACGUGUCGCUUGGCGGUGGCUACGACCAUGGCUGGUAGCUGGAGAGCUAGUUGUUUAUUGUAAAUAUGUUUUUAUGCGUUGAGAUCAUGUCCGAGUGGGUAUGGUGCAAAUAAAGGUUAUUUAUAUCAGUACUGA